GUGCCGAGGGUGUGUGCCGCGUGGCAGGUGGAGCGCACUUCGUAUCCGGAGCUCGCCAGCAACAGCGGCAAAUCAACAGCAGCGAUGGACAAGUACGACCAGCUGGGCAUUGUGGGCGAAGGCUCGUACGGGGUGGUGCUGAAGUGUCGCCACCGCGAGUCGGGCAGGCUGGUGGCCAUCAAACGCUUCCUCGAGGGCGAGGAGGACGAUCCGCACGUCAGGAAGGUGGCCAUGCGCGAGAUACGCAUGCUGAAGCGCCUGCGUCAUGAGAACCUGGUCAACCUGCUGGAGGUGUUCCGGCGGAAGCGGAGGCUCUGCCUGGUGUUCGAAUUUGUGGAGAACACGGUACUGCACCUCCUGGAGGCGCGGGAGGUCGGCGGCCUGGAGGAGGCUAGCGUGCGCAGCUACAUGCUGCAGGUGCUGCGGGCUCUGCUCUUCUGUCACGGACAGGGCGUCAUUCAUAGAGACAUCAAGCCUGAAAAUGUCCUAGUUUCCGGGAGCGGCGUUGUCAAAUUGUGCGACUUUGGGUUCGCCAGGCCCCUGGCGGGUCCGGGCGAAAGCUGCACUGACUAUGUCGCCACUAGAUGGUAUCGCGCUCCCGAGCUCCUGGUCGGCGACACCACAUAUGGCAAGGAGGUGGAUGUCUGGGCAGCCGGAUGUCUGUUCGCGGAGAUGGUGACGGGAGAGCCCCUGUUUCCCGGCGACAGUGACGUCGAUCAGCUACAUCACAUUCUUCAGAUCACCGCCCACGUGGCUCGAGCCGGCUACAGAGCUGCCGCUCACGGCCUGCGGCUGAGGGGAGCCGGCCGGCCCCUGUUCGCCAACAAGUUCCCGAACUGGCCGCCACAUCAGCUGCAGCUGCUGCAGGCUUGUUUAGAGAUGGACCCUUGCCAGCGGCCAGACUGUGCCGUUCUCGUCCAGCAUGAAUACUUCACACACGACCAGUUCGCCGACAAACACAUGGACGAGAUCACCAGAAGAAUACAGCAGUCGUCGGUGCUCUAUGAAAGUGUGCACGACGAGCUGCGGCCGACCGUGCUUGAGCUCAUCCGCCAGCAGCGCCGCCAAGCGGAGGAUCCCGGAGUCACGUUGCCCAACGUGCGGGGCGCCGCGGGCAUCUCCGCUUUGGAGAUACCGUUUAUUUUCCGCGGCGCGCCGCCCGGCCACAGCGAGCACGAACAGAUCCGGAUGACUGAGCGCAUCAGCGCCGCUUGGCACCCACCUCUACCCGUCACGGACCAGAGCGCGACGCUCGUGACGCAUGCCGUGACGCGCUGCUGCGGCAUGCCGUGA